GGCGAAAGGGUCAGUGGUUGCCAGCGCUGGUAGGGAGAGGUUUAAUUGGUUGGGGACAUGUCGCUAAUAACUUUUCACGGUUCGGUUUACAGCCUGGAGGGCGUGUGACGUCAGCUUCUGAAGCGGUACCAGCCUGCGUGUUCUGCUGACAACAACUUACUCCUGCGUGUGGUGGAUCGGUCUCACAUACACGGAAACACAAGCAGGUGACGACACAGCAUUGCCGCGGUCCGCUUCCUGUCUGAACCCGGCUAUUACAGCGCGCGAGUCCCGCUGAGAACAUGUCGGACACGACGUCGGGAAUACUGGACUUGCCUGCGGUCCCUGUCAUCUGUUCUCUGCUACUCGGGAUCCCUCUCCUAGUCUGGUUCUUUCGACGAGAAUCUGGGGAGAGUAAGAAAGGCCCUACUCGUAUUGUUAAAGAGGAAGAGAGCGCCGAGAAAAAACAACAUGAUAGUGCACAAACAGACGGUGCGCCGCUGGGCAAACAAGAAAACGUGUCCGGUUCGGAGAGUUACGAUCACACAGCUUCAGUAGAAAGCCGGAGAACAGAACUACCAGAAACAUGUGGAAGAGUCCAGUCAACGACAGGCAGCGAACACGACGGAGACUUGUCGGAAGGUGAGCAGGCCAUUAUUCCGAGAACACCGACAAAAGGGACAAUACCUGAGCAGAAGAAAGGGUCCUGGCUCAAGUCUCUGGAAGACGACCUGCUGAACGACGAUGACUUCUGCGAUUUCGAAGAUGAGGACGAGGAAGAAGAAGAGGAGGAGGAGGCUGCGAGGUUUCCCAAAGAGGAGGCCAAGUUCAUUGACGAUGUGGAUUCUCCUCCUGUGCGACACAAUGGCUACAUUGAGGACAGGCUGGAAGACUUCUCUGAUCACAACAAGAUGAGGGCUCCGACGAGGGCUCCUCCUAGCGUCAAACUUGGGACUAAGCAGUUGGGACCAGACCUGCUGGACGCUGUUGUGCUGGAUAACGGGUCUUACAGCAUCAAGGCUGGCGUCGCUGGUGACUUCUCCCCUACAGCUAACAUCAGGAAUGUGAUCGGCAGGAUGAGAGGAAACUACAACGAGCUGUACACCAGUGAUGAUGACAAAUACAUAGGAGACGACGCCAUUGUCAGUCAGGGGCGCCUGACGUUCGACUACCCCAUGCACGAUGGAAGCGUUAAGAACUGGCGGGACCUGGAGGCAGUAUGGGACCACGUGACCCGUUCGGAGCUGGGGAAGAGCCUGGGUGACCGGCCGGUCAUCGUGACCGACACCACGGCGAUGCCGAGAGAACAGAGGGAGAGGCACCUGCAGGUUCUGUUCGAGGCGUUUGAUGUGCCGGCAGUUUUCCUGGUGAAGCAGGCGGCCAUGGCUCUCCAUGCCCAGGGCAAGUCCACGGGACUGGUGGUCAGCAGCGGCCACGGCGUCACCGAGGUGGUGCCUGUGUACGAGGGCCACUGCAUAGAGCAUGCGUCAAGAAAGUUGUUGUUCUCCGGUAAACACGUGACAGACCAGCUGGGGCGGCUGCUGCAGUUUGAGCGAGGCUACACCUUCACAUCCUCCUCCGAGAUGGAGAUCCUCCGGAAGAUCAAACAACAAAUGGCCUUCGUCGCCACCGAUUACGACGCCGUGAUCCGAGAGAACGAGGCCCUCCGGUCGGAGCCCACGGAGUUUACGAUGCCCGACGGCAACCCGAUCUCUAUCGGGAACGAGCGGUUCAAAUGCACGGAGCCGCUGUUCCGCCCGGAGGAGACAGGGGUUCACGAACAGGGGCUGCACGAACUCAUUCUGCAGGCGAUCGACAGCUGCGACACGGACCUGCGGCCCCAGCUGUGGAACAACAUCCUGGUGUACGGCGGGAACACCAAGCUGCGCGGCUUCGUGCCGAGGCUACGGUCGGAGCUGAAGGGCUGCAGCGGCGGGGAGACGUUCCACCUGGACGCGCCCUCGGACCGAGAGAACCUGGCCUGGAUCGGCGCGUCCAUCCUCAGCGCAGACCCCGACUUCUCCGACUGUUGGAUCACUAUGGAGGAGUACGCCGAGGGUGGCGGGAAGGUCGUUCAUAGGAAGUGUUUCUAACAAAAGUCAAGCAGUACAUGUAUAGGGUGUUUGAUAGACCUAAAGCCAACCGACGUGUUUUCAGCAGAGCUAUCCACCCCAUGCAUCUACUCAAACUAAAUAUGACCAUUGGCUGAAAACUAACCUUGUACAUUACUUCCUGAUGCUGAAGGACGCCCUCUCUUUGCAAACUCUUCGAAUUGCACAACUAUGCAACGAUGGUUUCGGUAAUUCUACAAACGUCCCUCGUUGCUUGCUGCUACGACUGUAGGGCCUAGUCGAGGACGCCACAAAGUAUGACUGUUUUACGAAGUUAAUGAAUUGGAACUUUGACACGUGUAUUAUAAGUUUGUUUGGGCGUCAAACAAAAUAUGACAUGUACGUUUUCGUCCAAGUGGAAGCGGUAUCGUCAAUUGGAUACAAUAUUAUUCCUUGUAACUUUGUAAAGGAGUAAAAACAGUGUAAAUCGAGGCACUUUAUGCUCAAAAAUAAGACAGAAAGUUUUACGCUUCCUUCUUUUAUGACGAAUAUUUGCCAAAAUGUUUCUCUUAUCAUGGUGGCUGUGCCAAGGAAAUAUAGUUAUACAGCAAGUACAAAAAAUGUAAUAAGAAAUACAAACAAGAAAGAAUGGACUACAUAUGAUGGCCUGACUGCUUCUUGUGAGCAAUACAGCUGAUAAUUAUGUCUAGAUUAUGAAAAGAAAUGAGUGUGCAACUGACAUCUUUUGAAAUUGUUCUGAAUGUAUAUAAUGCAAAUGUCACCAAUGUUUGUCAUAUGGAUAGAUUUAGUCGCAUUAGAAACAUUCUACAUGAGCAAAACCAUGGGUAAGAUUAUCUUUAU